AUGGAUGGAUCGAUGGAUUUUGAAAAAUGUCUCUUGGAACUAAUCACCAUGCAGAUGGAGGUUCUGGACACUCUCUCCCCGGAGCAAAAAGCAGUUCUGAUUCUUGACCCCAGUAGCAAUGCUUUGGAGAACGAAACCACCGUGAGGAUUAUUUUCAACAGUUUGCUGGAAUCUCCAGAGGAGGAGGAACUUGAAGAACUUGAAGAGUUCUAUGAAGCUUUUGUGGAGGCCACAGAGGAGGAAAAUGUGAAAGUCAUUGAAAACCCGCGCGUAAGAGACACAAUGCUAAACUUGACUUUGAUGGCACUGGCUCCGCAAUUCCCCGUCUUUGAACCGAGUGACUUUGCUCUCUGGUUCCAAGUCAACCUGGUUGUCCUUCUGGCCAGCUUUAAUCCUGGAAGCUUGGUUGUAAUCCCCAUGAAUAUCAGCUGUGACUCCUACCAUGCCAUAUUGAAAGGGCUUGAUCAAAGUUUGGCAUCUCUUCCACCUGAACUCACGCAGGGCAUUGCUUCAAGCAGGGAAAUUUUGAUACAGAGAGUUCCAAAAGGUUGCAAUGAGAUCCCUGUUGUGGGUGAGUGCAAAGAAACACCAGUGAAAGAAGCAAGCAUUUGUGCUGAAAUCAACAGGUGCGUUGUGUGUUUGGCAAUUUGA